CCUCCCCGAAAGUUCCGGCCGCCAAGAUUGCAGGUUCCCACCAAGCAUUGUUUCCGAACUGGGCCACAAGAGCGUGUUCCUGAUUGGCUUGCUCUGGAGGUUGGGAAGGGACGUGUUAAAGACUGGGACCACUUCCUGAAGCGCGAGGCAGGAAGUUAUAUGCGUUUUCUGGAGUCCUGUAGAGAAAGUGCUCUUUGCCGCAUUGGUGUCGGCGAGAGCUGGAGGUGUUGGGUCGGAAGACCAGCCGUUCGGUCCCGCCGCAGGUAGGAGCUGGUUUCCAUCGCGGCACCACGGCACACACCUCCAGCCCUGAGCCCGGAGCGACUGCCCGGGGGUCUCCUUCAGGCUUCUUGACGCCGUACCAGGGGGCACCUAGCCAGGCAUCCUCUGGGCUUCUAGCCAGAGGACUGGCUCCCGGCUUCAGCACUCUGGGCUGCAGUAACAAGUGCCCUUAUCGCCCUGAGCCCUGCCACCAUCCCGUGAACCACCGAAACCCUGGUCCAGCGCGACAGCCUUGGACCUGGGACUGGACCGAUCCAAAACGCUCAGCCCCGGCCCCCCACAGACGGGGCUCUGCAUCGUCUCUGAUAUGUCACCCACCGUCUCCCACAAGGACAGCAGCCGGCAACGGCGGCCAGGGAAUUUCAGUCACUCUUUGGAUAUGAAGAGCGGUCCCCUGCCUCCGGGCGGUUGGGAUGACAGUCAUUUGGACUCAGCGGGCCGAGAAGGGGACAGAGAAGCUCUUCUGGGGGAUACCGGCACUGGCGACUUCUUAAAAGCCCCACGGAGCUUCCGGGCGGAACUAAGCAGCAUUUUGCUGCUACUCUUUCUUUACGUGCUUCAGGGUAUUCCCUUGGGCUUGGCGGGAAGCAUCCCACUCAUUUUGCAAAGCAAAAAUGUUAGCUAUACAGACCAAGCUUUCUUCAGUUUUGUCUUUUGGCCUUUCAGUCUCAAAUUACUCUGGGCCCCGUUGGUGGAUGCUGUCUACGUUAAGAACUUCGGUCGUCGCAAAUCUUGGCUUGUCCCGACACAGUAUAUACUAGGACUCUUCAUGAUAUAUUUAUCCACUCAGGUGGACCGUUUGCUUGGGAAUACCGAAGGCAGGACACCCGACGUGAUUGCUCUCACUGUGGCAUUCUUUUUGUUUGAAUUCUUGGCCGCCACUCAGGACAUUGCUGUCGAUGGUUGGGCGUUAACUAUGUUAUCCAGGGAAAAUGUGGGUUAUGCUUCUACUUGCAAUUCUGUGGGCCAAACAGCGGGUUACUUUUUGGGCAAUGUUUUGUUUUUGGCCCUUGAAUCUGCCGACUUUUGUAACAAAUAUUUGCGAUUUCAGCCUCAACCCAGAGGAAUCGUUACUCUUGCAGAUUUCCUUUUUUUCUGGGGAACUGUAUUUUUAAUAACAACAACAUUGGUUGCCCUUCUGAAAAAAGAAAACAAAGAAGUAUCAGUAGUAAAAGAAGAAACACAAGGAAUCACAGAUACUUACAAGCUGCUUUUUGCAAUUAUAAAAAUGCCAGCAGUUCUGACAUUUUGCCUUCUGAUUCUAACUGCAAAGAUUGGUUUUUCAGCAGCAGAUGCUGUAACAGGACUGAAAUUGGUAGAAGAGGGAGUACCCAAAGAACAUUUAGCCUUAUUGGCAGUUCCAAUGGUUCCUUUGCAGAUAAUACUGCCUCUGAUUAUCAGCAAAUACACUGCAGGUCCCCAGCCAUUAAACACAUUUUACAAAGCCAUGCCCUACAGAUUAUUGCUUGGGUUAGAAUAUGCCCUACUGGUUUGGUGGACUCCUAAAGUAGAACAUCAAGGGGGAUUCCCUAUAUAUUACUAUAUCAUAGUCCUGCUGAGUUAUGCUUUACAUCAGGUUACAGUGUACAGCAUGUAUGUUUCUAUAAUGGCUUUCAAUGCAAAGGUUAGUGAUCCACUUAUUGGAGGAACAUACAUGACCCUUUUAAAUACCGUGUCCAAUCUGGGAGGAAACUGGCCUUCUACAGUAGCUCUUUGGCUUGUAGAUCCCCUCACAGUAAAAGAGUGUGUAGGAGCAUCAAACCAGAAUUGUCGAACACCUGAUGCUGUUGAGCUUUGCAAAAAACUGGGUGGCUCAUGUGUUACAGCCCUGGAUGGUUAUUAUGUGGAGUCCAUUAUUUGUGUUUUCAUUGGAUUUGGUUGGUGGUUCUUUCUUGGUCCAAAAUUUAAAAAGUUACAGGAUGAAGGAUCAACUUCAUGGAAAUGCAAAAGGAACAAUUAAUAUAUACAUUACUGGACAUUCUAGAAAGGUAAUUGUAGUUUAGUUUUAAUUCGGAGAGCAAUGAUAAUCAGUGCACAGGAAUAUAAAAUAUUAUUUUAAACAACAAAAUUAAUAAUAUAAAAUGCCAAAUGGUUGAAAAAAUAGAAACCUCUCUGUAUAUUUGAUCAUAUUUUUCUUUGUCUUGUCGAUGUAUUUAAAGUUUGCUUAAGGUCAGGAAAUUCUAAAACAACUUUUCUGGCCUCGUUAUUUGAUUUAUAUCUUUUAAAUUUACUGACCAAAGCAUGUUUUAAGCUGCAAUGCAGUAGUCAUGGGUGGUAACCAUGUAGUUAAGUAUAGUUAUUAGUACCUAUCACUGCUGGAUCUGUAUUUAAAAUUGUGGUACAAUAUAUAAAAUGGAGAAGAACUUGAUAUUCAGGUACUAACCACAACUAGUCUGACAUUGUUGGCAGUUAAAAUCUUAUUUUGAAUUGUAAAUUAGUUAAAUUUUAUGUGGAAUUUGCUGAGAAGAGAAUAUAGACUACUGAAAUGUCAUUUUAGUUAUUUUUCUUAUGACCAUAUUGUACAAAUGAAUCUGUGUUAAAAAGACUAUUUUAAAUGUAUUUCCUGCUUUUGUAAGCAUUAAAGAUUUAUAAGAAAAUUAUUCAAACUAUUUUUUAUAAAAUGAAAGUUAUGAUUUUUAAACUUAUUGAUUACUCUUGUCCCUACCGCCUCUUUUUGGAAGAUAUUUUGAUUCCUUAUAAACUUUUACCCUAAGCUUACAUAUGUUUUCUGUCACAAGUGCUUCAUGGCACACAGACAGCCAAUGGAGGGGAUCAAAUUCAGUGUUGUAUGUAUGUUUAUAGCAACAUUUUGAAAAUAAAAAUUAAAUGUUAUUCUUCAA